UAUAAAAGGGAGCCGCCGCUCAGCCCCGCACAUCCUCAUCCUUCGUCAACUCUGUUUUGGGGCAGAGCUGGUGGACAUCCUCUCAUCACCAUGGCAACUGAACUAGAGAAGGCCUUGAACCAGGUCAUUGAGGUCUACCACAAGUACUCCUUGGUUCAUGGGAACCCCCAUGCCCUCUCCAAGAGUGACCUGAAGAAACUGAUAACCACCGAGUGUCCUCAGUACACCAAGAAAAAGACUGCAACUACCUGGUUCAAACAGCUGGACAUCAAUGAAGAUGGCGCAGUCAACUUUGAGGAGUUCCUCCACCUUGUGGUAAAAAUGGGUCUGAGAGUCCAUGCAGAGAGCCACAGGCAUGACCAGCACUGAUAGGCCCCCACGCUUGAUCCUGCAGAAUAAUAAAGCUACCAAUACCUCAGACCUCCCU